CGGGGAAAAUUCAAACUAUUUCAUACCAUUUUUGGCCACAGUUUAUCAAACUCUGGCAUUGGCAGCGGAUAGGCAUUACGUUCUUAUAGUUGUUACUCGGACGUCGGAAGUGAAGUGAAAUGCGGGAAAAGCAAGGAAUCUGCCAUCAACUUUGCCAUCCACUGGCCAAAGAGUUUCAACGCGAAAAAUUAUCGCUAGUGCAUGAGCCCUCGGAUGAUUUCUUCAAAUCUCAGUGGCAAUAUCAAAGCAAAUCUUUAUUAUGGCUUAUGUAUCGCUGGCUGUUUGCUCUCUCUUUUGGGGUUGGUGUGAUCGGCAGCCUAAUAGAGUCAUUCUGUGAGGGUAAAUGGUUGAUCUACUUAACCGAUUGGGGCUUCUUGUUGUGUUUAUACACAGGUAAUUUUGGUGCUGUACUAGCAACUAUGCACUACUGUAGCCAGGAUAAAUUAGCUGUACAUCCUUUGGCGUUAAAGAUAUAUUGGGCAUCCUACUGGACCACUUUGGUUAUGGCGACAGCCAUAACAUUCAUAUACUGGAUAUUUAUUUUUCCAAUUGAUGGUCAGAGCGUUUGGGACUUAUACAAUAUGUGGGCACAUGGCUUCAAUUCGAUACUGAUGAUAUUGGAUCACAUGCUGGUGGCAUUCCCUUCACGCAUUGCACACACUGCAUACCCAUUGGUAUUGGGCUUAGUGUAUGGAACGUUUUCGAUGAUUUAUUAUUUUGCAGGAGGUCUCGAUACGUUUGGCAACCGAUAUAUUUAUCCGAUACUCGAUUGGUCAAGCCCAGGCAUGGCUAUAUUAACCUGGUUUUCCAGUCUUUUAAUGAUUUUUGUCUUAGCCUUGAUACAUUUUGGGAUGUAUAAAUUGCGAAUAUUUAUAUAUAGAAAAAUAACAUACUCCAAAUCGACUAUAAAUAUUUGAAAGUUUAUAAUUUCCCAUGUGUUUGUAUAAAAAACAAACAUUAUAGGCAGUAUUAAUAAAUGCAGAAUUGUAUAA